GCGCCUCCUCCUCGCUCCUGAGUCACCGCCAGCCCCGGCCCGUUCAGGGUUUGAAAUCUAGGAGAAUGGCAGACAUAGACAACAAAGAACAGUCUGAACUUGACCAACAGGAUAUGGAAGAUGUGGAAGAAGUUGAGGAGGAAGAAACUGGUGAAGAUGCCAACAGCAAAGCUCGACAGUUGACUGUGCAGAUGAUGCAAAAUCCUCAGAUUCUUGCAGCCCUUCAGGAAAGACUUGAUGGCCUGGUAGGAACAUCUACAGGAUAUAUAGAAAGCUUGCCUAAAGUUGUUAAAAGACGUGUGAAUGCUCUCAAGAACCUUCAAGUUCAGUGUGCACAGAUAGAAGCAAAAUUCUAUGAGGAAGUUCAUGAGCUGGAAAGAAAGUAUGCUGCUCUCUAUCAGCCCUUAUUUGACAAGCGAAGUGAAAUCAUCAAUGCAAUUUAUGAACCUACAGAGGAAGAGUGUGAAUGGAAAGCAGAUGGUGAAGAAGAUAUUUCAGAGGAAAUGAAAGAGAAAGCCAAGCUUGAAGAGGAAAAAAAAGAUGAAGAAAAAGAAGACCCUAAAGGAAUUCCUGAGUUUUGGCUGACAGUAUUCAAGAACGUGGACUUGCUCAGUGAUAUGGUUCAGGAACAUGAUGAACCUAUCCUGAAACACUUAAAAGAUGUAAAAGUGAAAUUUUCCGAAGUUGGACAGCCUAUGAGUUUCACAUUAGAAUUCUAUUUUGAACCAAAUGACUACUUCACAAAUGAAGUAUUGACAAAGACAUACAGAAUGAGGUCAGAGCCAGAUGAUUCUGAUCCCUUCUCCUUUGAUGGACCAGAAAUCAUGGGUUGUACAGGUUGCCAAAUAGACUGGAAAAAAGGAAAGAACGUUACUUUGAAAACCAUUAAGAAGAAGCAGAAACAUAAGGGCCGUGGAACAGUUAGAACAGUGACAAAAACUGUUACAAAUGACUCUUUCUUCAACUUCUUUAGUCCUCCUGAAGUUCCUGAAAGUGGAGACCUGGAUGAUGAUUCUGAGGCAGUCCUUGCUGCAGACUUCGAAAUAGGCCACUUCUUGCGUGAGCGUAUAGUGCCCCGAUCAGUGUUGUACUUCACAGGAGAAGCUAUUGAAGAUGAUGAUGAUGAUUAUGAUGAAGAAGGUGAAGAGGCAGAUGAUGAGGAGGGGGAAGAAGAAGCAGAUGAAGAAAAUGAUCCUGAUUACGACCCAAAACAGAAGGAUCAAAACCCAGCAGAAUGCAAGCAGCAGUGAAGCAGUGUGUAUGUGGCCUUGAGGAUUACCUGCACUGUAAUAGCCUAAACACAACUAUUAGUUACUUACAGCCUUAUGUUUUGUAUCUUGGUAGAAUUAAGUAACCGAUUUGUUAAAAACAAAAAUAAAAUCCAACACAUAAGAACCAGUUUAAAAUGUAGGUUCAGUCUACCUAGCAUUUUAACAGCAUAAUUUUCUGCCAAUAACGUAGAAUGCAGUAAAUCCCUUAAAGCAUGAAUGUUAAUUCAUUGCUACAUAGUUGGGUUCUUGUGAAGUCUUUGUCAUGUAGCUAUUAGACUGCAGCUGUGAAGAUUAUCAGAACUGUUAACUGAGACCAAUAUUUGUUUCAACUCUCUCCUGAAGAACCAACCAAAGUAUUUUUCAGCCCAGUAGUCUGAACGGGUUUAAGUCUGCUUGCACUAGCUGUGCCUUCAUUACUUUGUUAUAGAAAUGGCAGUGACUUGUACUAGGUAGGAGAUGAUGAUGAUGCAUUUUGAAUUUGACUACUUGAGAAGACUAGUAUAACUUGUUUAAUUUCCAGUGAAGACCACAUUAAACAUCCAUAACUGUCAGCUUGUUUAUGCUAUGGGUUUUGUAUUUUAUGUGACAUAGUGAUCUACAAAAGAAACCUAGUCAUGUUAAGGUUAUUGUUUACCACUGGGGUGUGAAUAAA